AUGGCUACGUGGAAUAUUUGGGGAUUUAAUCGCCCUGAUAAAGUGCUUUGUUUUAAGCGUCUUAUUCAGUCUUAUAAACUAGAUUUAGUUUGUAUUUUGGAGAAUCGGAUUAAUAUCCAUUCUCUUACUGAUCCGUUCUUUGAACAUUCUCAUAAGCUUUUCUCUUAUGAAGCCAGUUGUAACAAUUUUGCUUUUUCUGCCUCUGGGAGAAUCUGGGUUAAGUGGGAUUCAUCUAAGUUGAUGUUCUCUCCCUCCAUUAUCACCUCUCAAUUGAUUUCUGGUAUGAUCAUUGUGUCUAAUCAGCCUAUUUUUCAGCUCUCUGUUGUAUAUGCUUCUAAUAGCAUGUCAGAUCGAAAAACUAUGUGGAACUCUCUUUCUCAAGCUUCUCCUGAUGAUAAUGUUCCCUGGGCUAUCAUGGGGGACUUUAAUUGCUGUAGAUUUGCCACUGAGAAGCUUGGUGUUUCUCCUCUUACACAUCAGGCUCUUAAAGAGUUCAAUGACUGUAUUUUCCACAAUGGUCUUAUGGAUCUGCACUCUUUGGAUAGAGUUAUUGUGAAUGAGAGCUGGCUUAUUAAUUUCCCGGAUUCUUACUACUCCAUUCAAAACCCUUCGUGUUCUGAUCACUCCCCUGUUAUUUUGCACUCUGGAAACUCUUUCAAGUCUCUCCAUCGUUUCCUCUUCAAGAAUUAUUGGACCAAGAUUGAUAAGUAUUGGGCUAUGCUGUUAGAGGUUUUCUCGAAACCAAUCUCUGGGAAUCCGAUUUCUCAUCUUUGUAACUCUCUAAGGCUACUGAAAAAAGAGAUUAAAAAGGCAAGUUGGUCCUCCUCUUCUAGUGUGUCUAGGCACAUUGAGUAUCUCAAUAAUUCUCAGAAGAAUCUUAUGGAGCAAAUGUUACAGGAACACAAUAAUGUUGAAAUUAGCAUUGAAUACAAAGCCUGUAGCUAUCAGCUGGCUAAUUUUAAAAAUAUAUAUGCUUCUUGGGUCAUUCAGCGUGCCAAGGUGAACUGGCUAAAAUAUGGGGAAGAUGAUAUUAAAUUUUUAUAUGCUAAAAUUCGGAGCAGGAUGGGAAGUAGGAAAUAUGUUAUCAAUCUUCUUAAUUCCAAUCCCUCUUCCAACAGAUCUAAUGUGAUUUCUUAUAUCACUCAAUAUUUUCAAGAGCUUUACAAUCCUCCCGCUUCUUACUUCAUGGGUAUUGGUGAUAUUCCUAUUGGUGUUGCUAUCCCCAAUAGCUAUCAUGCUUUGCUGGCUUCCCCAGUGACUGAUAUUGAAAUCAAGGAUGCGGUUUUUUUGGGAUCUUCUAACUCUUCUACUGGGCCCGACGGAUUUAACUUUCAUUUCUACAAAACUAGCUGGCAUAUUAUUGGUCCAGUUAUGAUUAGAGCAGUGCACUCCUUCUUUGAUAAAUAUUAUAUGCCUGCUGGGGUAAAAGCUACUGCUCUCGCUAUCAUUCCCAAACACUUUAAUGCAACCACUAUUGCGGAUUAUAGACCAAUUGCCCUUUGCAAUGUGUUGUAUAAAAUUAUUGCAAAAAUUAUAGCUUUGAGGCUUAAACCAGUCAUGACCACUAUUGUUAAAGACAAUCAAGCUAGCUUUCUUAAGUCUAGAGUCUCCACUGACAACAUCCUGCUAGCUUCAGACAUUUUAUUUCAUGCGGGGAAACGAGAGCUAAGGGGUUUCAAGGGGAUUAAUGUUAAUGGCUACUCUCUUUCCCACUUGCUAUAUGCUGAUGAUGUCCUUAUAUUUGGUGAUGCUUCCGUGGAGAACUGCAGCUUGUUGGUUACUAUUCUUAAUGAAUUUGCUGAGCUUAUAGGAUUACAUAUAAAUUAUGAUAAGAGCGCUAUAAUGCUUCCUAAACACAUACACAAUCAGAGUGAAAUUUGCAAUGCUCUUUCCAUUCACAAUAUUACUAGCAAGAUCUCUUAUCUAGGCAUUCCGUUGUCCUUCUAUAGGCUUAAAAUAGAGGAUUAUAUGCCAUUAUUGGAUAGCAUUAACAGGAAAUUCAAUGGUUGGAAAGCUUCGCUGCUCUCUCUUGCGGGCAGACUUCAAUAUUUAAAAUUUACUAUCCAGAAUACUAUUGCUUAUUGGAUAAGAGGAGCAAUUAUACCAAAAGCUGUACACAAACUGUACAAUUGCUCCAGUCCUCUUGCUACUUGGAUAUUCAGGAAAUACGGAUCCCCCUGGAAGCCCCUGCCUUUUGUUGCUUCCCCUUUUUGGAAAUCUAUUUGCAAUACAGCCAUUAUUGCUAAGCACUGCUUCAAAUUUAGAAUUGUGAAUUCUUCUCCUAUCUCCCUUAAAUGGGAUCACUGGAUUGAUGACAGGAAUGUAUGUGAUCUUUUUGGUCAUGAUAAUAUUGCCUCUAUUCCUGACAUUGCAAUAUCUAAUAUUAUCUCUGAUUCUGCGUGGGUAUUACCUGACUCUUUCUCUCCAAGCCUUUCUGGUGUUAUCUCUGGUAUUUUUGGGAUUGAGGGAGAGGGGCCCUGUUUGCUUUGGUAUGGCAAGAUAAAGAGCAAAUUUAAAAAUUAUCUGAAGGAAUUUUAUUCGGAUAUUAUGAACUGUAGCUGGUUCAGCAUGGUUUGGCAUAAUAGAAAUGCAUUGAAAUAUUCUGUUUUUUUCUUGGAUGGCAAUCGUGGGUGGCCUCAAAACGGCUAA